UCACAGAGAAAUAGAAGUCCAAAUUGAGGCCAUAGCUAGAGGAGCCGUGAGAGCCUCCAACCAGACCGUCAUUCUCCUGAUGGAUCUACUACAGAACAACUCCACAGAGGGGUUCAUCAAGAACUUAACCGAGCAAUUAGCAGAAAUGCAGCAGGUGAAGAAAAUCCUGACAAUCCAGGUGAAUGAGUCUCUAACCACCCAGCUGGCCCUGGAGGAGCAGUCUGUUGAGUCCCACAUCACACUGACUAACAUCACCUCAUCCCUCCGUCAGCUGGCUGUGACAAUUCCCCGCCAAACACUGGACUCUAACCAAACAGAGGAUGCAGACUUAGUAAACAAGACAACAGAUCUGGCUCUGCAUGUCCAAACCAAAGAGGAGCUUAUCAGCAAAAUCAGAGAGGAGAUGGAGCCUCUUAUGCAGUCAGCCACCAAGAACCUGGAGAGAGUGGAUCAAAUACAUGAGCUGAAAGCUCAUGCUCAGGAAGCAAUGGCAAUGGCCUUGUCAUCUGUGGUGACAGCAAAAGAAGUGGAGUCAGAAGUCAUCAGCCUGCACAGAGAGCUUGAAGGCAUGCAGAGGGAGUGGCCCCGUCGUGAGGCUCAGACCAAGAUCGCAGUGAAGAAGGAGAGGCCCCUGGGGGAAAAGGUUCUGGCAGAUGUCAGGAAGAAGGUGAAACAAAUGGAGAAGAUGCUGAAACCUGCUCUCGAGAACACCAGCCUCUCCAGCACCACCGCCAAAGAGGCAGAGGACACUGCGCAUGCGGUGGCAAAGGAAUCCAAGGCCACCCUGACCCAGGCUAAACUCACUAGGACUGCAUCUUCCCAGCUGAGCUCCCACACAGACGUAGCUCUGAAACAAUUGGCUAUGCAGGAAAAUCUAACUGCUAAUGCUCACUCCAAACUCCCCUCGAAGCCUGAAGUUACCUUGUCAAGUGUGACGGAGGACAUCAAAGCAGCCAAGCUGGAGAUAGAAGUGUAUUCUCUCACCCUGAAUGAGCUCAUCACUAAGAUUGAUAGAAAAGUACCACUGGAGCACUUUAACCGCGUCCUGAAUGAGACAGCUCGGCGCCUCAGCAUGCUCCGCGGGAGUGUGGAGAGCCCGGCGCUGGGCUGGAAGAUCGAGAAGUUGCGCUCGGCGGCAAAGGAGCAGGAGAAUCGAAUGUUUCUCCUUGAAAAGGACUUACAGGAGAUCAGAGACGAGAGAGACAGUCUGAAGGACAUUAGCCUAACCCUGCCUCGCUCCUGCCCCCAGGCUACCGGGACAGGCAAAGGAUAAGAAAAGAUGUGGGGCUAAAGCCAUUGGAAGAACAGCUCAGCAUCACACAGAGAAAGAGAGAGUUGUAUUAGUAACUGGGAAGAUUCCAGCAGUAACAUGGACAUUGGGUAUUAUUUUCCAGCCCUCUAGAAAAGGCAGUGAGGUCCCCUCUAAAUCUUUACAGUGUUGGGCCUCUUUCUGUCUUUUGCCCCAAGAUGCAUUUACCAUUUAUUUUUACACACAUUGCGUACGCACACACACACGCACACACACACACAUACACACACACACAUACACACACUCAACAACUCUUAUACUCUCCUCCCCACGAAUUACUUCCUCUUCCUUCACCCACUGUGAUUUUUUUUUCAUUCAUUUCAUUCUCACCUCUCUUUUCUCCUACAACAUGAGAAGUUUAAUUAAACGGUGAAUAACAACAAGCCAUUCUGAACCGCCGGAGUGCUCUGUCAGGUUUAAAAUAAUGCUGGUUUUCCUCGGUAAGGGUAGAAGGUAGUCUGAGUGCUUCUCCAGACUGACACGUUCAUUUACACUUGAGCUCUUUUUCAUCAGCCCGCCUUAAUUAACAAUUAGUCCUUUUGGCCUCAGUGGGGUUCAGAUCAGGCUUCAAAAGCACACAGCUUCUGUAAGAGACUCUCGAUGUCCCCGCUUCUUCUUCCUCCCCUUUCAUUUUGCUCUGCCACACUGUAAAAAAUAAUCGGCUGGUUUAAUUUAAAAAAGUAAGGCGACCUAAUACAAGCCCUUUCCUGGGUAAUCUCAGCUAGAGUGUGCAAAACUCAAAUGAUCAAUGAUCACCUCUCCAUAAAAUGGGGGCUACCUCCGAUGAGUGAGUGUGUGCGCACACACACACACAUUCAUCGAAUUUGUCUGUCUUUAAUGUGGCUCUUAGGUAGCCCCCAUGUUAGCCUGAAGAGGAAACACCGAUGGCAGUCUGACAGGAUGCAGAAGUGCGGCAGGCUAAGCUAACUGCUAGCCCAUGCAGACCGGCAGUUCCUAAAACACCGAGGGCAGUCUGGUGGCAGCCUCGCCUAGCGUUGACUUUGUUUUUGACGUCGUCAUGUGGAGUAAGGGGAGGUGUGUCGAAGGUGUCGGACUGGGAGAGCUGGCUUUGGAUCGGCUGGGGGAGCCUGGUCUGCUGUGUCCGGUGGGCCCAGGGACUAUGGCCCUACCCUGAUCUGCGCCCGAGGAGGAAAUACUGAGGGUGGUCUGACAGGUGGGGCAGGCUAAGCUAACUGCUAGCCUGUGUUUUGUCAUUUUGUUUGUUGUUUUUUUUUAUAAUUGGAUAUAUGUGUUCUUGUAGUUGGAUGUGUGUUUUUGUCUCUGUGUUUCACUGCUGUGGGCAGGGGGAAACGAUAUUUCGUUUCAUUUCAUGUGCGCAGGUGCAUGGAAUGAAAUGUAGAAUGUUCCUGGUUCCUGAUUAUGGAGAAGUGAUCACUGAUCAUUUGAGUUUUGCACAUUCUAGUUGUGAUUUCUCAGAAAAAGGCUUGUAAUACGUUGCCUUUUUUACUUUUAAUUGCUUUUUACUUUUUUUUUAGAGUUAAAACAGCAGAUUAUGUUGUACAGUGUAUAUCAUUGUAUCAUAAUCCAACAUGAAAAGUGAAAUGAGUGGAAAUGACCAUUGUCUUUGGUUGUUGUGGGCUGCACUUCCUGGCUAUGGUCGGUCAGUUAGAGACAAUAAGAUCUCUUAAGGUAGUCUCAUAGUUAAUAUUAUGUUGAAUGAGCUCUUGAACUGGCUGUGCCAAACUUGUGUGCAACAUACAAUGUUCAGUGUUCAUAGUGGCACAUAAGAACGAGGCUGUGAUAUAACAUCAGAGUUAGACAUAAGGGGGAGGAAGUGGACGGCAUCUGACAUUUAUGAUUUCAGCAUUUUCUUUUUACAUUCUCUUAAGGCAACAAGGUAGAUCUGAUUACGCGUUUCUGGGCAAGCCCCGUCCUCGCUUGCCUUUCAGUUAUCAACCUCACAGUGAUAGAAACACACUCCCACAUGCUGGUUUUAAAAGUCAGACAUUGAUUUGUGGUGCCUUUUGAAAAUAAAGCACUUC